UCCAACACCCUACUAUUUCAUCAUCCCAAACCUCCUCAAAAUAUCCUCUCUCUCUCUCUCUCUCUCUCUCUCUAAAUCACCAUGGCCAAAACCACCUUCUUCUUCACCUUCCUCACCCUCCUCAUCUCCAUAACAUCUUCUUCAAACCCUAACCCUAACCCCACCAAAUCCCCCUCACUAACCACCACCACCGCUCACUCCGUCCUCACCCACCACGGCUUCCCAAUCGGUCUUCUCCCCACCGGCGUCUUCACCUACAACCUCAACACCACCACCGGCGAGUUCUCCGUCGACCUCGGAACCCCCUGCCGCCUCAUCCUCCCCCCUGACAACUACCUCGCCACCUAUUCGAAGAAAGUCACCGGCAAGAUCGUUGAGAAUCGGAUCGCGGAACUUAAGGGGAUUAGGGUUAGGGCUUUUUUCCAGUGGUGGGGGAUUACUGGAAUUAAAAUUAACGGUGAUGAUCUUGUGUUUGAAGUUGGGAUGGUGACUGCUAAGUAUCCGGUUAAGAAUUUUGAUGAGAGUCCUCAGUGUGAGGGUAAAAAACACUCGUCUUCUUGAAAGUUUGUAUUAUACUUGCAGGCCUUAAGUGAACUGCUGCUCCUGUGGAUUAAGUUAUUUUAUCAAAAAUUCGCAGUAGGAAGUAUCCUGCAGUUUAAAGCCAUAUAUGGAGCAUUAAUCAGCAGUUAACUUAUAGUGGAAAAACCAAUGCCUACAACCCUUAUAUUAUGUUCUUUUAGUGCUAAAAGGAUGAUUUUAAGAAUACUUUCUGGAUACUUUUAGGCCUUUGGAACCAAGUAACAUGUAUUUCAUUAUGUGACUACGUUGUAUAUGUUUAUGUUGUUAUUAUGAUUCCAGUCUAAGUGUGCAAAUAUUAGUUUUAUA